AUGGAGAGAGGGGAAAGGCAAAGGCUGGAGAAGAGGGAGCCGCUGAUCAGCUACACCUGCGUCUUUGGUUCUAGCCGAGACUGGGAGCAGGGCAUACCGAAACUAGCAACACCUGGAGAGAUUUCUCUCCUAGUCAUAAGGGAGGCAGUGGCGGUCAGAAAUAACAUUCAAAUUCUGAACCCACUAGACCGUAUCACCUGUCUGGCAAAUUCGACUCUUACUUGCAGCCAGAAAUGAGCAGUCUCUAUUGAAACAGCUUCUCCAACCCCAAACACGUGCUUUGUUAACACGGGAGAGAGUGCAAAGGGAUAAAAUGCAGACUUUACCCAAAGAAAGCCAAGAUACAGCUUUGGGUUUUGGAUAUAG